AUGGCGUGGCUGCGCAGUCGCGGGGUAAGACUGAUAGUCUAUCUGGAUGAUAUCCUCCUCAUGGCACAAGAUCGGGGGGUCCUCCUAGAACACCUUCAAUGGACAAUGGAUCUAAUUGUGUCGGCUGGGCUUCCUGCUCAACGAGGAAAAAUCCUGCCUAUCCCCUUCCCGACACAUGGAGUUCCUAGGGUUCACGGUAGACUCAGAAGCGGAGUCUCUCAGCCUCCCUCCGGCCAAAAUAUGCUCAAUCCGCAAGGAACUGCGACGAGCCCUGACGCACCACCAGCUGUCGUUACGACACCUGGCACAACUCAUUGGACUACUGGCCUCCUCCACCCAGGCAGUGUUCCCAGCUCCGCUCCAUUAUCGGGCCCUCCAGCACCUGAAGAUAGCACACCUUCGCAAAGGGGCCUCGUACGCAGAUUUGGUCUCCCUGGACUCGGAAUCCCGAGACGAACUGACCUGGUGGAUCCACAACCUAUCCGCCUGGAAUGGCAAGGCCAUCUUCGGCUCUCAACCGGAGUUCACGGUGGACUCGGACGCAAGUCUCCACGGCUGGGGCGCACACUGCAACGGUGUGACCACCGGGGGUCGCUGGACAGAAGCCGAGUCCCGACUCCACAUCAAUGCCCUGGGACUACUAGCCGGUUCCUUUGCGAUCCGGAGCUUUGCGAACGGCAUGGCCAGUGCAUGCAUCAGGCUACGUAUGGACAACAUUUCAGCGGUUCGCUAUGUCAACCACCUGGGCGGCACAUGCUCAGCGAUACUGGCCUGUUUAGCGAAAGAUUUCUGGAACUAUUGCUUUGCCAGGAACCUGAUGGUCCAGGCGGAAUACCUCCCCGGCCUUCACAAUACUCAUGCGGAUUGGAGCUCACGCUAUCUAUCAGACAGCAGCAAUUGGAAAUUGGAUACAGAGGUGUUCUCCACUAUCUCGUCCCUCUGGGGGCCCUUCACCAUCGACCUCUUCGCUUCCAGGCUCAACGCCCAACUACCCCGGUUCUACAGCUGGCGUCCAGACCCGGCCGCGGAAGCAGUGGAUGCCUUCCUACAAGAAUGGUCCGGCUCACACCUUUACGCUUUCCCUCCAUUUGCCAUGCUUCCCCGAGUGCUACUCCAAGUACGACACCAGAUGGCGGAUUUGGUCCUACUAACCCCAUUCUGGGGUACCCAGUCGUGGUCCCCACAACUCCUGGAACUGGCAAUAGACGUUCCCGCACUCCUGCCGUCCAACCAGGACCUUCUGCUGAACCUGUUGGGCCAACAACAUCCACUCCUACUGGACGGAUCGUUACGACUACUCGCAUAGAGGAUUUCAGGGGUCCUUGGGAAGUCCAAGGAGUUUCGGACACAACUCGACGCCUCCUGGCUGACGCAUGGGCUCCCGGCACUAGACGCUCAUACGCGACCGCUUGGAGAGCUUGGACUGGUUGGUGCUUGGCUAGGGACCUGGAUCCCGUGGCGGCUCAUGUGACGGCGAUACUCCAGUUCCUCACAUCAUUAUUUGAAGCGGGCCGAGCAUAACGAACGAUUAACCUAUACAGAUCGGCCAUCUCCUCAGCUCAUCAGGGUUUCAACGGCUGCCCAACGGGCCAACAUCCCUUGGUGUGCCGUUUACUCAAGGGUUCACGCCUCUCGCGUCCCCCAGACCUCGAUACACAGCCACAUGGGACGUAUCCUGCGUCCUAUCACUGUUUUCCUCCUGGCCGACCAACUCGGACCUCACCCUGCAACAACUCUCUGCCAAGUUGGUAUCACUAUUCUGCCUCAUUUCGUGCAAACGAGUCUCAGAGGUACGUGCCCUGGACCAUGAUGCGAGAUCCUUCACCCCGGAUGGGGUGACAUUCAAUAUCUCCAGAAGGACUAAGACGGCCAUACGUUCAGUCUCGUACCCGAGUUUCCCAACUACCCCUAAGUUGUGCCCAGUGACCUGUUUGAGAGAAUACGAACUUCGGACGAAGGCCCAUCGGUCGGCUUCAACUCCUCAACUUUUCCUCUCAAUCCGUCAACCCUUCGCCCCAGUAUCCAGCACGACUCUGGCUCGUUGGGUGAAGUGGGUCAUGUCACAGGUGUCACGGUUCUCACCUGAUAGACAGACGGCAAGACGUGGUCGCUCUUGGAGUUCCCAACAGGGGACUUGAACCGGGGAUCUUCUCAGUCCUGGUCCUGCUUUCUACCUCUGAGCCACAGCAGCUAUUUACAGUGAGGACUGAUUCCAGUCCUGUUCAUCCUGACAUGGCUACUACUCUGGGGGCUGCACCUUGACUUGGCUGUGUUUCACCUGACUCUGAUCAGUCAUCAGCAGGGUAUAUAAACCCAGCCUCGCCCUGUGCUCAGUGUCAAGUCUUUGAUCCUGUUUGUUCUAGUGUUCCUGUUUCAUCGCUUCGCAUUAUUGACCCCGGCUUCCUGACUCGUUUAUUCUGACUUCUGGCAUCCCUUGACUUCGGCUACUCCUCGUUGUUCCUGUCCUCUGGCAUCCUUUGACCUCGGCUAUCCCUCGACCAUCCUGCUGGUUCAGUCCUUGCCUGUCCUGCGUAUUGGUACUGCAUCCUGCACAGCCCCCGUGCACAGACCCACAGGCCAGGUGAAUUCUUACCUGACCACCUCGGCCUGUGGCUAUCUGCAAGGGUGAGCAUCAUAUCUGCGCUACAGACUCCCAACUCAGGUAAGACCCUGACAUAAGACUUGACCAUUAUGGAGUCCGCAGAGAUGUGCUCACCCUCGACCCAGCGUGUGUCCAGCCUGGCCCAGACUGUUUCGGAGCUGCAGCAAGAAAUUUUAUUCCUUAAAGGCGCAGUACAUCCAGCCCCGGAACCAGCUUUUCCUGAACCGUUUGUCAUCAUGCCCGACCGAUUUGAUGGUAGCCGCACAUCCUUUCAGUCUUUCAAGAUGGAUUGUGAGGUGUUGUUUUCUUUAAAGCCUCGAACAUAUGCCACAGAAUUCAUCAGGGUCAGAGCGGCUAUCAACCUGUUGUCUGGACGCAUCAAAGUUUGGGCUCACCAAAUGUUGCAGACGAAGAGUCCUGUCCUGGUCAGCUGGGAAUCCUUUAGUACUGCUAUGGACUCACAAUGUAAGACCACUGUGGCCAAGUCAGCUCCACGUACUAAAAAAUCUCAGAUUCUUCCUAACCAAGAAACCGAGUACCACCACUACGCCCCAGAGAUGCCUCCUUAUGUUCCAGCUCCCAGGAAAACUCCAGAGGUAUCCGGUGUUCCACUUGACCCUGUGGAACCUAUGCAAUUAGGACUCGUCCACUGCAAAGUGACACCUAGGGAAAGAGACCGAAGGAGAAGCUAUGGCCUAUGUUACUACUGUGGAGAAAAAGGGCAUUUCAUCACGCUUUGUCCUGUUCGCCCUCCUAGACCUCCAGCUCUCCGACUUGGUACUAGUUUCCUUCGCCCUGUGUACACCGCAUACCAGCCUAAAAAGCCAAAUAGAAGCCGUUGUGCUUGCACAUGCUUGGCUUCCGCGAGAAACCCUCCAUCCCCUGCUCCAGAGCCUCCUGCAUCUACUCCCGAAGUUGCUUCCUGUGAUACCACCACUACUUCCUGCCCGCCCGAAGAGGUUUUACCUGUGGAUUGUGCCGUUGCUUCUAAUGGCACUACAGUCCGUAAAGAAGACCUUGAAAUGUUCGAAAAAGCAUUGUUAGCUGCGAACACUGCUCCUGCCAAAGUUUUGGAAGUGCUUGCCACCUGUACCCGGAACCUAAAAGACCUGGACAAUUCUCCAGCCGUACCAGAAGCUGGUACCGCGGACUCCCAAGCUGUAAAGGGAAUCCUUGCUGGGGAGUUUGGCUAUGGGGACUCACUGGAUUCAGAUAGUGACCCUGGAGAGGUGUACUAUGCUGACAGUGAACCUAUUUACGCCCGGAGGUCGUUUUUAAAGGGGGGGGUACUGUCACGGUUCUCACCUGAUAGACAGACGGCAAGACGUGGUCGCUCUUGGAGUUCCCAACAGGGGACUUGAACCGGGGAUCUUCUCAGUCCUGGUCCUGCUUUCUACCUCUGAGCCACAGCAGCUAUUUACAGUGAAGACUGAUUCCAGUCCUGUUCAUCCUGACAUGGCUACUACUCUGGGGGCUGCACCUUGACUUGGCUGUGUUUCACCUGACUCUGAUCAGUCAUCAGCAGGGUAUAUAAACCCAGCCUCGCCCUGUGCUCAGGGUCAAGUCUUUGAUCCUGUUUGUUCUAGUGUUCCUGUUUCAUCGCUUCGCAUUAUUGACCCCGGCUUCCUGACUCGUUUAUUCUGACUUCUGGCAUCCCUUGACUUCGGCUACUCCUCGUUGUUCCUGUCCUCUGGCAUCCUUUGACCUCGGCUAUCCCUCGACCAUCCUGCUGGUUCAGUCCUUGCCUGUCCUGCGUAUUGGUACUGCAUCCUGCACAGCCCCCGUGCACAGACCCACAGGCCAGGUGAAUUCUUACCUGACCACCUCGGCCUGUGGCUAUCUGCAAGGGUGAGCAUCAUAUCUGCGCUACAGACUCCCAACUCAGGUAAGACCCUGACAACAGGCGGGUGUAGACACAUCCAUUUUUAGCGCCCACUCCACACGUGGGGCUUCAGCCACUUCUAUAGCCUCAUCGGGGGCACGCCUGGAAGACCUUAUGAGAAUGGCGGACUGGUCCAGAUAAUCCACCUUCAAGGAAUUCUACUUUCGACCUCAGCCUCACGUUUUCUCGUCGGUCAUUGCUCAGCUUUAAACUUGCAAUAUGAGCCUCCGUGUCUUGACAUAAAAUUACAUGAUUUUGCUAUUUCAUGACGAAAAGUCAUGAUUUUAUGAAAGACACGGAGGCGAGUAUUGCCCCUCCCUUUUACUUAUUUGUAUAACCUUUCCCCCCCCCUGUUAUAUCUCGUUUUAGGGCGGUAAGUAUAGAAUUGCGCUCCAUCACCUAUGACUUAUAUGUACAUCUGAAUCAUGACACUACACAUACCUGGGGAUUCUUGACUUAAAGAAUGGGGGGACACUAAGGGGUGACUUGAUUUCCAAUGUAUCGUAUCUUGGCAUGUACAAUUGGUGUUAGUACCGAUUUAACCUUUGGGCUCCUGUUAUUAUGUUUUCACAGGUUGACUCACUUCUGGAUGCAUCGCAUGAAGUGCAUCUCUCUACACAGGACUUCUCCAAGUUAACUGGAGUUCGGUGGUUAACGCUGAGAUGGACUCCCUAUGGUUAACGUUUCAUCAUUCGUUCCUGGUUUUGUCCCUGUUAUUGGGCAUCUUCUGGUCAAGUAUCCAGAUGGACUUUGGGCCGUUGCCCUUCUAGUUCUGGACUGUUCCUGGUUUCUUGCUUGCUGUUGGUGGGUAGCAUCUCCAAAGAAAGAGGAAUUGGAUGGGAAGGUGCUGCCUAUUAUACUGGGACUGGAUAUGGGAGUGUCCUAUCUCUAUGGUUACUGUUUUUUUCUUACUGUUUGUAUCCUUUGCUGCUAUUGGUGGACAGUAAAGAAAGGGAUAUGCAAUACUCGCCUCCGUGUCUUUCAUAAAAUCAUGACUUUUCGUCAUGAAAUAGCAAAAUCAUGUAAUUAAUUGAAUUAGUUUACCAAGAAAUUUAAAUAUUGAAUGAAUAUACAACCUACAUAAUUAAGCUCUAAUUCAUGCUGAUUAACCUUUGAACUGUAAUACCGUAUUUAAACAAAUCUAAUGCGCAAAUGUUUGUGAAAAUAAAGUUUCCAAAAUUUGAAUGCGCACUAGAUUUGAUGGCGCAUUACAUUCGGGGCAAAAUUAGAAACUUUCUGGCAAACUGCAUUCCGGCGAAUUCAAACUGGUGAAUUCAUACAGGCGAAUUUCGUUCCUUAAGAAAGAAUAGACUUACUGUAACACUAAAAUUUAAAUACCAUCAAUGUUACUAAUGGUAUAUGGCAAUAAACAUUUUCAUUGUAGCACAAUGUUGUAUAGUAGUAUAAAUGCGCAUUACAUUUGCCAGCUAAACAUUUUUCACCUUCCAGGUUUCAAAAAUUGAGGUGCGCAUUAGAUUCGAUGGGGCAUUAGAUUUAAGUAAAUACGGUAUAUCUAAACUCGAAAACUAUCUUUACAUAGAUUUGUCCUCCAAAAGAAUUUCAUUUUUUAAAUUAUUUUAUUUUAUUUUUUUAAAACCAUCUAUGCCUACACAUUUUGUCCAUAUUUUACAUUUGAAUGGUAUCAAAAUUUAGACAAAAUUGAUACAUGGACAUUAGCAAUAGAUGAGCAGAGGGCCAGGCUGCAGAUACCUUGGAGAACCCCAGUCUUUUUCAAACUGUUCAAAAACAAUACAUUGUUAAUGUGAAGGUUCUACUUUUACUACCUCAUAAACAACGAAAAGGAAAGUUUUAUAAUGAAGGAUGGUUUUUAUAUUCCAUCUAUUAUGUCAUGUGAGCAUUUUAUCUAACAGAAAAAUUGCUGACCUUUGAGUAUCAUUUAACUGAACUUUUACAUAUAUGACCAUAUAGUGGCUAUUAUCCCUAGACUACUCCUUUAUUGUUUGAUAAUCCCUUAAUUAUAUUUCACCUCUGAGUUGUAAAAUUGUCUAGUGUUAUCAAUAUGGCAAUGAAAACAAUCACGCAUUAUUGUUAAAUACUAAUUAUUAAUUAGUGUUUUGUGUAAAAACAAUAUUCCUAAGUCCCCUCCUGCUCCAGGUUCUGUUUAGCAAGCAUAUGCAGUUACUCAUUGAACUUGCAAGCUUUGAACAGGUCAGGAUGCAGGUUAGACAAGUUUAUAAUCAGCAGGCUGGUUAGCUGUAACCAAUAUUCAUGUUACACGUUGCUACACAAUUAGCCUGGACCAUUGCGGCGUAUUGCGAACAACACAAACAAUAUGAAUUGUGAAUAAUUCAGAAGAAGAGCAAGUAGAAUGUGCCUUGAAAGAUAUCUUAUCUUAUUUUCCAUGGAAACAUUAAACUUUAUCAAAUUUCCAUUACACUGAUGUAGUGCAGAUCACUUAAAUGGUUAACAGCCAUAAUAUCACAAUUUUCAAUUGCCUACAUUAAGGAGCAGUGUGUUUCUGGUUUGUGCUUCAGUUCUCUGUCCUUCAUGUCCUAAUAUAUUAAUAUGACUGCAAACUGAUGUCUUGGCAGAGGUCCUUCAGGAUAACAUCUAAACAUCUGCUGUUUAUAUUUUUUUUUAGGUAUCUGCACUCAAAUAACAUUGUAUUUGUUCCAGAAGGUAAGUGACUGUAUUCUGAUAUUGUAAUCGGGCGAGUGACUUUCUUUCACCUUCUCCUAUCCUAUUUCUCUCCUUUUUUAGUAGUUUUUAUACUGUAUGAAAUCAAAUUUAUUGGUUGAUCUACAUGGUGAUCUUGUUAAAUUAGCGGCAGGUAACAUUUCCACAAAUUCAAUCCCAUUCUAUAGUGCAUCUAUAACGGCGGUGAAUAAAUAUACACUGCAGAUAGUUUAGGCUGCAUUGCCCCUAGUUACAUUGUUACAUAGUUGAAAAGAGACUUGCGUCCACCAAGUUCAGCCUUUCUCACAUAUGUUUUUGCUGUUGAUCCAAAAGAAGGCAAAAGCCUAGUCUGAAGUGCUUCCAAUUUUCUAACAAACUAGGGAAAAAUUCCUUCUUGACCCCAAAAUAGUAGUCUGAUAUCUCCUUGGAUCAAGCAGCUAUUACCCCACAAAUUAGAAAUUAUAUCCCUAUAUGUUAUGUUUUUGCAAGUAUUUAUCCAAUUGCAGUUUAAACAUCUGUAUGGACUCUGAUAAAACCACAUCUUCAGGCAGAGAAUUCCAUAUCUUUAUUGCUCUUACUGCAAAAAAAAACUUUUCUUUAGAUGAAAUCUCCUUUCUUCCAGCCUAAAUGCGUGACCUUGUGUCCUAUCUAUAGCCCUGCUUAUGAAUAGAUUUCUAGAUAAUGGUUUGUACUGGCCCCGAAUAUAUUUGUAUAAUGUUAUAUCCCCUCUGAGGUGCCGUUUUUCCAAACUAAAGAGAUUUACAUUUUUUAACCUUUCUUGGUAACUAAAAUGCUCCAUUAAUUUUAUCAAUUUUGUAACUCGCCUCUGCACUUUUUCUAGUGUCAUGAUAUCCAUGAUACCCAAAAUUGCACAGCAUAUUCAAGGUGUGGUCUUACCAGUGAUUUAUAAAGAGGCAAAAUUAUAUUUUCAUCCUGAGAAUUUAUGCCCCUAUUUAUACAUGACAAAACCUUACUGGCCUUAGCAACUGCAGAUUGACAUUGCAUACUGUUGCCUAAUUUGUUGUCUAUAACAAUUCCCAAAUCCUUCUUGUCUGUGGUUAUCCUUAAUUCACUACCAUUUAGGGUGUACGUUGCUUGUGCAUUCUUGACCCUGAAGUGCAUAACUUUGCAUUUCUCUACAUUACAUUUCAUCUGCCAUUUUAGUGCCCAGUCCCCCCAAUCUAUUUAAAUCCAUCUGCAGCAAAGCAAUAUCCUGCUCACAUUUUAUUAAUUUACAAAGUUUUGUGUCAUCUACAAACACUGAAACAUGGCUUUCAAUGCCUAUUGCACGAUCAUUUAUAAAUAUGUUAAAUAGAAGUGGUCCCAAAACAGAACCCAGAGGGACACAACUUACCACUUUUGUCCAGCCUGAAAAUUUACCAUUAAUGACAACUAGUUGUACGCUAUCCUUAAGCCAAUGUUCUACACAAGAACAAGAAUAUUCAAGUUAUUUUAGUUUGAAGACUAACCUAUUUUGAGGAACCGUAUGAAAUACCUUGGCAAAAUCCAAGUAGAUCACACUGCAACACCCUGAUCUAUACUUACUUCUUUGUAGAAUGCAAUUAGGUUAGUUUGACAUGACCUGUUUCAUAAAACCAUGCUGAUUAUUGCUAAUAACAAAGUUCUUCCCAAUGAAUUCCUGAAUAUUAUCCCUUAAUAGCGCUUCAAAUAUUUUCCCAGUCACAGAAGUUAGGCUCACAGGUGUAUAAUUUCCAGGCAAGGAUUUUGAAUCCUUUUUAAAUAUAGGAACAACACCUGCCUUCCUCCAACCCUCCAGUACAAUACCUGAAACAAAAGAAUAUUGACAGAUUAAAUACAGAGGUUCACUUAUUUCCCCACGUAGCUCCUUAAGUACUCGAGGGUGAAUACCGUCGAGCUUUAUUUACAUUAAUUUUCUUUAACUGCUGUAGCACCUUGUCUCGAGUCAUCCAAUCACAAGUUAUCUGCAAGUUUUUUGCAGCAAUCAUUUGCAUAUCUCUUGCCAUAGGAUCCUCAUUAAUAUAUACUGAAGAAAAAUAGUUCUUUAAAAUUUCUGCCCUUUCCUGUAGUUCUGCAAUUAAUUCCACGAAAGACAACAAUGUGUUUAAUGCAGCAAACACAUAUUACAAUAGAUUGUCAUACCUUACUUCAGGUAUCUAAAUAUAUACUGUGCAAGGCCUUAUUUGCAUGACUUACACAGGCUUUUCACUAAAUGGAGAAUUCAAAGUGAAUUUCAUAUUUUAGACCAUAGUAGGCAAAUUGGAAGCAUUGCUGACUGAUUCAAUGUGAAUUCUAGCUGUAGUAAAUAACCCUGUCAGUCUCUCAGUGCUCUGUCUGCACUUGAGGAUGUUCAUUAUAGUUCUAAACGUAAUUGCCAUGGAAACCAUAUUACAUUGUUCAUUCCUCCCGUUUUGCAUUUUUGCACCACUUUUUAAAACAGAAGACUUUCAUACGUACACCUUACAGGGAGUGCAGAAUUAUUAGGCAAAUGAGUAUUUUGACCACAUCAUCCUCUUUAUGCAUGUUGUCUUACUCCAAGCUGUAUAGGCUUGAAAGCCUACUACCAAUUAAGCAUAUUAGGUGAUGUGCAUCUCUGUAAUGAGAAGGGGUGUGGUCUAAUGACAUCAACACCCUAUAUCAGGUGUGCAUAAUUAUUAGGCAACUUCCUUUCCUUUGGCAAAAUGGGUCAAAAGAAGGACUUGACAGGCUCAGAAAAGUCAAAAAUAGUGAGAUAUCUUGCAGAGGGAUGCAGCACUCUUAAAAUUGCAAAGCUUCUGAAGCGUGAUCAUCGAACAAUCAAGCGUUUCAUUCAAAAUAGUCAACAGGGUCGCAAGAAGCGUGUGGAAAAACCAAGGCGCAAAAUAACUGCCCAUGAACUGAGAAAAGUCAAGCGUGCAGCUGCCACGAUGCCACUUGCCACCAGUUUGGCCAUAUUUCAGAGCUGCAACAUCACUGGAGUGCCCAAAAGCACAAGGUGUGCAAUACUCAGAGACAUGGCCAAGGUAAGAAAGGCUGAAAGACGACCACCACUGAACAAGACACACAAGCUGAAACGUCAAGACUGGGCCAAGAAAUAUCUCAAGACUGAUUUUUCUAAGGUUUUAUGGACUGAUGAAAUGAGAGUGAGUCUUGAUGGGCCAGAUGGAUGGGCCCGUGGCUGGAUUGGUAAAGGGCAGAGAGCUCCAGUCCGACUCAGACGCCAGCAAGGUGGAGGUGGAGUACUGGUUUGGGCUGGUAUCAUCAAAGAUGAGCUUGUGGGGCCUUUUCGGGUUGAGGAUGGAGUCAAGCUCAACUCCCAGUCCUACUGCCAGUUCCUGGAAGACACCUUCUUCAAGCAGUGGUACAGGAAGAAGUCUGCAUCCUUCAAGAAAAACAUGAUUUUCAUGCAGGACAAUGCUCCAUCACACGCGUCCAAGUACUCCACAGCGUGGCUGGCAAGAAAGGGUAUAAAAGAAGAAAAUCUAAUGACAUGGCCUCCUUGUUCACCUGAUCUGAACCCCAUUGAGAACCUGUGGUCCAUCAUCAAAUGUGAGAUUUACAAGGAGGGAAAACAGUACACCUCUCUGAACAGUGUCUGGGAGGCUGUGGUUGCUGCUGCACGCAAUAUUGAUGGUGAACAGAUCAAAACAGUGACAGAAUCCAUGGAUGGCAGGCUUUUGAGUGUCCUUGCAAAGAAAGGUGGCUAUAUUGGUCACUGAUUUGUUUUUGUUUUGUUUUUGAAUGUCAGAAAUGUAUAUUUGUGAAUGUUGAGAUGUUAUAUUGGUUUCACUGGUAAUAAUAAAUAAUUGAAAUGGGUAUAUAUUUGUUUUUUGUUAAGUUGCCUAAUAAUUAUGCACAGUAAUAGUCACCUGCACACACAGAUAUCCCCCUAACAUAGCUAAAACUAAAAACAAACUAAAAACUACUUCCAAAAAUAUUCAGCUUUGAUAUUAAUGAGUUUUUUGGGUUCAUUGAGAACAUGGUUGUUGUUCAAUAAUAAAAUUAAUCCUCAAAAAUACAACUUGCCUAAUAAUUCUACACUCCCUGUAAUGACUGUGUUAGAGACACUGUAGGCACCGUAACUACUUCCUCUCUUUUGAAGUAGCUAUUGUGCCUGUAGUCCCUUGGCGACAUAUUACUGUUCAGUGUUAAACUCUUGUUAAAUGUUUAAUGCUGAAUGAGAGACACCAGCAGAACAUUCCCCUUGUGCUGCUGGGGCUAAUGAGGAAACAUUAACCUGAGCAACAGUGGGCAGCGGUGAUUGGCUGGCUACUUUUAGUCUGUCAUAAAUCCCAUAGCUGGUAUGAACUGGUAUGAUUAAGGAUGUGUUUACUCUCUGCCAUACCUCCAGUAGGAGCUUGGUUUUUGGUGACCAAAGACCCUUAUUCAUUGCUAAACUGCUUGAAAAAGACUGCAUGGAGGUACAAAGCUUGGGGACUAUGUUUAACACUCACAUUGGUGAGGGUCUUAAGAACAGAAGAAAUUAAAAUAUAUGUUGGGCUUAACACUAUAUAAUUAGAAAUGAAGAUUAUUUUGCUUUCGUUAUGUGCACUGGUAAUAUGUAUUCUUCUCUCAUUUUCAUACAGAUUAAUUAAAAUCCGGCAUAGUCACGAACUGAUCAUGCCAUUAAGGCCAGAAAUAACCAAGCUAAUAAAAUAGAUGUUAGAGAAUUAUUCUAAAUUGAAUAACCACAAUUAUUCUAGGAAUAGUGUAAUCUUCUUGCCUUGAAAUUAAGGAGAACUCCCCUUUUGCAGCUAUCGGCUCAUUGGUGAAGCUGCAGUCAUUGGACCUUAGUGACAAUGCCCUUGAAUUUCUGUGCCCGGACAUUGGGAGGCUGAGAUCAUUGCGUCAUUUACGGUUAACAAACAAUCGGCUGAAAUAUCUCCCUCCAGGUAAAACCAGAUGCGUAUAUUUUACUAUAGAUGUAUUUGACAUUUUUCUGUCAUGCAUUGGGAGAGCAGUUACAGUAUUUAGUUGUGCAUACAUACUUUUUGUCAUUAUGUUUCUUUUUGAGUCUUUCUUCUAAUGAUAACAUUUCCAUAAAAUCACGUUGUACAAAAUUGAGAGGAAAUGCUUUGUGAAUAAUAUAGCAACUGUACAGGUACGUUCUGACUUCCUGGCACUUCUCUCAAAUCAGAUAUAUGUUAAAGCAGAAGGCAAGUAAUUUAGCGUAUUGUGACUAGUUUACACAAAACUAAAUACAUCCAAGUUUUCUCAGUUUUAUUACUUUUUUUUUCUUUUCUUUUUGAUGGUUUCAACCACAGAGCAGGUGUGUUUCAUAGUGAAUAUGACCAAAAUAAGGAGAGCUGAGGUACUGUUCAGUUGGGGUGAGAUUUCAGAUACAUUUCCAAGAAGAACUUGUAAAUAGCCUGUUGACUUGAAUAACAGUUUAGAAAUAGCAAGGGAACUUUACUGACGAAACAAUAAUGUAGAGGUAGCAGUUUACAAUUCCCUCAUCACCUGUUAUGUUGUAGAAAUGGUCAUUUCAUUAUAGAAUUAUAUUGGCCUUAAAUAAGUAUCUUAGGAAUGCAACUUGAUGCCAAAGCAGUAAAAAGUGCAUUGGUUGUAUGUCAGCAUAGCCGGAGCUUGAUAGAUCAGUGACCUAGUACUGCCACUUUGUCCCUGCAAUGCCAGUGCUGGUCUUUAUCUGAGGUAGGCAACCAAUUAGCAGAAUGGUGUCAAAACAAGACUGGAGUGCUAGUCCUGUUUUUUAAAAUUAAUGUGUGUUUAUGAUACUGUAUUCUGCUGUGUUUUGUAUGCUACUUUGUGGUGUUGUGUGUGUGUUUGUGUGAUUGGGUAGUUUUUUGUUUGUGUUAUAUAUGUGGUCUCUAGUGUGUGUGUGUGUUUGGGGAGGGCAGCUUUUAGGAUUAUGCAUUGGCUGUAUGUCAUAUUGUGUAUGUGGUGUGUGUAUGUGGGCUUUCAGUGGUGUUGUGUGUUUAUUUGCAUGUGGGCUGUUAGUAGGUGUGUGUUUGUAUGUGUAGUAAACGUAUUAUUCAUAUAUUUACUGACUUUAAUAUGAUUAUUUUUUUCUAAUAAGGGUUUAGUUCUCCAAAGCACACUAUAACUCUAUAUUUAGGGAUUUGUGACAAAAGGUCACUAUUGUAUGUAUAGGUGGAAACAUUAAAUAGUGUGUCAAAUAUUGUUAAAGGGACACUAUAGUCUCCAAAACAACUUUAGCGUAAUGAAACAGUUUUGGUGUAUAGUUCAUGCCCCUGCAAUCUCACUGCUCAUUUCUUAGGAAUUUAAAUGACUCUGUUUAUGCAGCCCAUGUCACACCUCCCUGCAUGUGACUUACACAGCCUUCCUAAACACUUCCUGUAAAGAGUAAUCUAAUGAUUACACUUCCUUUAUUGCAAAUUCUAUUUAAUUUAUAAUUGUUGAUCUCCUGCUCUAUUAAUGGCUUGCUACACCCUGCAGGAGCCUCCUGUAUGUAAUUUUUUUUUAAAGUAAGUUAAAUCUGAUUGCAAAUUAAACCAUUUUUUUUCGUGCAGGCUGUGUCAGUCACAGCCAGGUGAGAUGUGGCUAGGACUGCAUAAACAUAAACAAAAGUGAUUUAAAUCCUAAAUGGGAGAGAUUUGAGAAUUGAGACAUCAGAGGCAUGAUAUAUACACAACAACUGCUUCAUUAAAGUUGUUUUGGUUAUUAUAGUGUCCUUUUAAGUAUAGAAGUGGUUGUAGGGCAAAAAUCUUUAAAUGGCAUGAACAUCUUUGAAUUCCAUGUGUUUUUUUCUGCAUUUUUAUCUUUUAUUAUUUGUGUAAAUUUUUCAAUUAAUUCCUUUCCAGUCCACUGUCAAUACUCUUACUUUGCUUUUGUGGUUCCAGAAAUUGGAAAGCUAAAAGAGCUUCAAACAUUGGACCUGUCCACCAAUCACUUGGUCACCCUGCCAGAAAAACUGUAUCUUUGUCACUCGUUGCAGUACCUGACAGUGGAUCGAAACCUUCUUCAGAGUGUCCCACGACAUCUUUGCAAGCUAGCCAGUCUAAAUGAGCUCUCCAUGGCUGGAAACCGCUUAGCAUCUCUACCAUUGGGUGAGUGAGGUGAGGAGCUAGACCAAGCAUUCACACCACUUCCACAGGAUCAAGCUAUUGUCUUGUUUUCUCAGAUGAAGAGCUGAUAAAGGGAUGGAUACUCUGCAAGGGUUUUAACAGAUUUUAAUUAGUAUGUUAAUUUUCCCAAAACAUUUGUCAAGGUAGACCAGUUGUCCCUAUUGGAACAGCAUUGGAAAUGCAUUAGGUAGUAGAUAUUAUAAUUAAGAUCCUUUUCUUGAUUUCUUAGCCAGUUUAAAAUGAUACUUAAUUUUAAUUUAUGCUUGGUUAUUUACACUUUGUCCCUCUUAUUGUGGUAGUUAGUUUGAAUAAUUUGUUUUUGGUAAAUCAUUUUUGCAGCUAAAAUGUUGCAAGUGUUGACUAGGUUAGAAAAAUGUGUACUUUAAAGGACCACUAUAGUGCCAGGUCUUUAGGUCCCCCCCACCCUCAGGAUCCCACUACCGCUGGGCUGUAAAGGGGCUAAACUUUCUCCAGUGCCAGGCUCCCUCGGCGCUGGGGAACUCUCCUCCCUCUUCCGACGUCAGCGCCGAAUGUGCAUGUGCGCGCAUUCAAUCAGUCCAUAGGAAAGCAUUUCACAAUGCCUUCUUAAGGACGUCAGCGUCUUCUCACUGCGAUUUUCACAGUGAGAAGCGUGGAAGCGCCUCUAGCAGCUGUCAAUGAGACAGGCACUAGAGACUGGAUUAACGGUACUGUAAACAUAGCAGGGUUAACCCUAGAUGGACCUGGCACCCAGAACACUUCAUUGAGCUGAAGUGGUCUGGGUGCCUAUUAGGAAUCGACCGAUUAUCGGUUUUACCGAUAUUCUGUAUUUUCGGCAGUAUCGGCCAAUAUAGAUACCAAUAUUGCCGAUAAAACAUACCAGGACCGCCAAGCCCAUUACAAGCCCGGCGGUCCUGGGGGGGCCGACAGCAAGCUGUUACUUACCUCUCAGCAGCUCCCAUGUCAAAUCUUGCGAGUCCCGCGGCCGCAGAGCAUUGCCACGGGUUACCAUGGCAACGCUCCGCGCGGCACUCAGGUCACGAGAUUUACACUGGGAGCUGAAGGGAGCUGCUGGGAGGUAAGCAACAGUUUGCUGUCGGCCCCUCCCAGUGCACAGCACAUGCCACUGGACCACCAGGGAAUGCUAUAGCCCCCUCCCUGGCCAGGUAACAAGCAGGGAGUGGGGACAAAAAAUAAAAACUUAUAAAUAUUAAAAUAAAAUAAAACACACUGCAGAUAAAAAAAAUAAAACAUAUAAAUAUUAAAAAUACAAUUAAAAUAAAAAAUGCCUCCCCUCCUGCCCAUUUUACACAAAUUACAUCCCUUCACAAACACACACACUGCAUUCAUUAUAUAUACAAACACACACACACACACUGCAUUCAUUAUAUAUACAAACACACACUGCAUUCAUUAUAUACACAAACUAUACAAACAAACACACACUACAUUCAUUAUAUACACAAACUAUACAAACACACACACUGCAUUCAUUGUAUACACAAACUAUACAAACACACACACUGCAUUCAUUAUAUACACAACUAUACAAACACACACACUGCAUUCAUUAUAUACACACACCACACACACUCUGCAUUAUAUACACACACCACACACACUCUGCAUUAUAUACACACUCUGAAUUAUAUACACAUACACACACUCUGCAUUAUAUACACACACUGCAUUAUAUACACACACACUGCAUUCACUAUACACACACUGCAUUCACUUUACGCACACUACACACACUGCAUUCACUUUACGCACACUACAUUCACUAUACACACACUACACACUGCAUUCACUAUAAACACACUACACAAACACUCACUGCAUUCACUAUAAACACACUACACAAACACUCACUGCAUUCACUAUACACACUACACGCUCACUCCAUUUACUAUACACACUACACAAACACACCCUGCAUUCAUUAUAUACACACUGCAUCCACUACACACACACACAGCUCCCCUGUCUAAACACACUGCAUCCACUACAUGUGGCAUGUAUAUUUUGUGCAUUUACCUUUAGAAAUAGUUUAUUUUUUCAAAAUGGUAAAUGUACAGAAUAUCGGCAAGUUGUCGGCUAUCGGCCUGAAAGUUCACAGAUAAUCGGUAACGGCUUUAAAAAAACUAUAUCGGUCGAUCCCUAGUGCGUAUAGUGGUCCUUUAAUGGGCAUGAUUUCAAAUUGCUGGAUUAGGUGAAGUUCCGAAUUUAUACUUGUACAUUUAAACAAUAAAAAUACUUUACAUGUGGGACAAGUGGUUUUGCCUAUUAGGGAUCGACCAAUUAUCGGUUUUACCGAUUUAUCUGUAUUUUCGGCAAUAUCGGUAUCGGCCAGUAUAGAUACUGAUAUUGCCGAUAAUACAUACCAGGACCGCCAAGCCCAUUACAAGCCCGGCGGUCCUGGGGGAGCCGGCAACAAGCUGUUACUUACCCCUCAGCAGCUCCCUUCAGCUCCCAUGUCAAAUCUCGCGAGUCCCGCGGCCGCAGAGCAUUGCCAGAGGUUACCAUGGCAACACUCUGCACGGCACGCAGGCCACGAGAUUUACACUGGGAGCUGAAGGGAGCUGCUGGGAGGUAAGCAACAGUUUGCUGCCGGCCCCUCCCAGUGCACAGCACAUGCCACUGGACCAACAGGGAAUGCUAUAGCCCCCCUCCCUGGCCAGGUAACAAGCAGGGAGGGGGGACAAAAAAGAAAAACGUAUAAAUAUUAAAAUAAAAUAAAACACACUGCAGAUAAAAAAAAUAAAACAUAUAAAUAUUAAAAAUACAAUUAAAAUAAAAAAAAUGCCUCCCCUCCUGCCCAUUUUACACAAAUUACAUCCCUUCACAAACACACACACACACACACUGCAUUCAUUAUAUAUUCAAACUAUACAAACACACACACACACACUGCAUUCAUUAUAUAUACAAACACACACUGCAUUCAUUAUAUACACAAAUAAUACAAACACACACACUGCAUUCAUUAUAUAUACAAACACACACACACACUGCAUUCAUUAUAUACACAAACUAUACAAACACACACACACACUGCAUUCAUUAUGUACACAAACUAUACAAACACACACACUGCAUUCAUUAUAUACACAAACUAUACAAACACACACACACACACACUGCAUUCAUUAUAUACACAAACUAUACAACACACACACUGCAUUCUAUAUACACACUCUGAAUUAUAUACACAUACACACAUUCUGCAUUAUAUACACACACACUGCAUUAUAUACACACACACUACACAAACACACACACUGCAUUCACUAUACACACAUUACACACUGCAUUCACUAUACACACACUACACAAACACACACUCUGCAUUCACUAUAUAUACACAAUACACAAACACUCACUGCAUUUACUAUACACACUACACAAACACACCCUGCAUUCAUUAUAUACACACUGCAUCCACUACACACACACACACACACACACACACACAGCUCCCCUGUCUAAACACACUGCAUCCACUACAUGUGGCAUGUAUAUUUUGUGCAUUUACCUUAAGAAAUAGUUUAUUUUUUCAAAAUGGUAAAUGGUAAAUGUACAGAAUAUCGGCAAGUUAUCGGCUAUCGGCCUGAAAGUUCACAGAUAAUCGGUAACGGCUUUAAAAAAAACAAUAUCGGUCGAUCCCUAGUGCCUAUAGUGGUCUUUUAAUGGGCAUGAUUUCAAAUUGCUGGAUUAGAUGAAGUUCCGAAUUUAUCCUUGUACAUUUAAACAAUAAAAAUACUUUACAUGUGGGACAAGUGGUUGUUUUUCCUCUUUAUUUUUAAAAUGGCUGUGUGAAAAUAAGAAUAAAAUACUGGGAGGAUAAUUUCACAUGGUGGGAUGCUUAACCUACCCCAAGAGAAACAAAGGCAUGGCAGACUUUGUAAACUGUAACAUGCAUGUGAUAAGUCUGCAUUGUAACUUAAAAUAAACACAGAAACACUGUGUUUCUCAUCGAGCACUAUGGGACAUGACUGUACAAUGACCAUCUAGAUAAAUGUGGAUUGUGUUAGUGUCUUUGCAUAAAGUCUACAACAGCAAGGAGCUAUGUGUGAAACAUGCAACAAAACAUACUGAAACAGCAGAAAUCGGCUGCAUGAAAAUGUUUAAAAUGUUCCAUGUACAAUUCCCUGACUUGCUUACUCGGACAGAGCAAUCUGGCAAAGAUAAAGUUAGGAAACUGAAACGAGACAAGUCCCUUAUUUAGCCCUGCAUGUUUCCAAAAACCUGAUAAAUUAUGCAUGAGGUUACUGCAUAUUAAUGUGUUUGGAAGAAAACCCCAUAAAAGUCAGUUACUGGUAAUAUACCCUUAUUACAAAGAUCAAAAUACCCUGUGAUGUACUCUGGAUUGUCUACUUUUCACAGCUAUAAAUAUACUUUAAUGAGAGUAAUUUGGACUGUUAAAUGGUACCAGAAUGGUACAUGUGAUCAUUAUUAGCAUUAUUUCUAGUUAAUUUACUAAAUAAAUAAUUUUAAUAAUAACGUUAUUUUACUACUUACAUGGCUUUUGUAUAAUCAGUUUAGCUAAAGGUAUGUAAAACCCAUUAUAGUUUUUCUGUAAAGGAACACCUUAGCAUUGGAAAUGCAAAUCUGUAUUCCAAACGUUAAAGUCUCCCUGUCCAUAGUUGGUUUUAGGUGUAUACCGCUUUAUGUUCAAACUGCUAAUAGUUGAACACUAAGAUGCAGACAGUUAGUAGCUGUGGGCAGCUAAACAUGGGCCAAGAAGUCAGACACUUCUCUGUAUUUUUUGGCCACAAAUAUCUACUGGCUAUUAGUAAUAACAUCAUCUUAUGGCGGAUAUUUAAUGGCCACAUUAGAAAUGAGGCCUGGGUGGAAAUUGCAUGAUGAUUUAUUGUUUAACAAUACCAAGACCAGGUUUAGAUUAAUAAAAACAAAAGCAACAUAGAUUCACUGUAAGGGUGAUCCAGAACUAAAUAGUUGUUUAGUUAGGUUUGUUUCUGUCCCUAUUCAACAUGUUUGUAUUGUUGAAUGUUAAAGCUGUGACGAGUAACAUUUAACCCACUUCCUCUACAACUAUACGUUGCUUGAUCAGGAUCCUCGUCACCUUAUUCUUCAAACAAUAUAUUCAUAAGUUAGCAUUUUGGUCAAUAAGCCUGUGACAAACUCCCCUUUUCAAGUGAGUUUGCCAUGAGUUCUUGGAGGGGCCCGCUUGCCAGCCUCCUGCCCACAGACUAUGGACCCUGUAAACUGUGAUAUAAACGUCUCCGUUUGUCUAUUUGAAUUAUAUGGUUUGGUAACCGAGCAGCCACACGAACCAUAGACCACCCUGGAGCUUGUUAAGCUUAAUUGAUACAAUGUUGCAAUUUCCACCGUAGUGGUCUAAGUGUUCGUCUGGGUGGCCGCAAUUCCUAUGGACAACCACAAGUAGGCGGCCAUCUUGUUCGCAUGUAACAAAACUGCGAAUAGACUUCAGGGGGAUUUAGUUGUGAAUGCCCUGGAACUAUUUUCGGCAUGAAAACUUCACAGUUCCCGGUCAGUUCCCCAGCGGCACUUAGCCGCGAUUCUAUGGAACUAUUUUUGGCUAUGGGACCAUGCCUGGAAAUUCCUGAACCCCUGAACUGAUCUAGGUGAUUUUUGGAUAUGUCGGUCACUCAGAUCAGGGCUAUCAGUAUUGUAACAUAUGUGGGGUUUUAUGUAUUUUUAGGGUACUUUUGAGGUGUUUUGAAAAUGUUUUUUUCUGUACUUGGAGAUAAUUGGAUUAGAAUUAGUACAGUUACUGAUCCAAUUAUCUCCCAGGCAGAGGGUUGUAUGCUUGUAUAUGGGAGUGUCAUGUAUUUAAACACCUUUGUCAUUCGUCUGUGACUUUGUGCUGCAGUCCCCCACAAGGUCCAGAUAGGAGUGCCCCUUGCAUGGGGACCUGCAUAUAAGGCCAGUUGUGGCUGCCAUUAAAGCAUUCCAGCUUGCACUCUAAAACUGCGUGUCGUCCUGUUAUUGGAGGGAAGGAUGAUUUACCCUUGUGUCUGCUGUUCCAGCUUCCAGGGAAUUCAACGGGGGAAAGUCCUUGUAAGGACUAGAGCUCCCAGGACUGAGUGUCGUCCAGUGCCUAGGGCUUUCUAGAGCAAAUUCCCCAUUUGGCUCCAGGAAGGAGCGGCCCCAGGGCCCCAGUCAAGCCACAGCGACUGUGGGCAGAAGUGCUGCGGUUUGUUCCCUGUUCCAGCUAGGAAGCGGUCCUUGGCAGAGGUACCCAGCCAGGGGUACAGGGAGCUCUGUUACAAAGCCCCUUAGCCAAUCGGUAGCGGUGUAUGAAUGCUGUGGAAUGUUUUUAGACUUUUGGGAAGCUUUUGUUAACAUCUCAUAAUAAACAAUCAGGGUUUUCACAAAACUCGGACACAAACUAAGUUAUGACUGUUGCUGAGAUGGGGAAUAUCUCCAAAUCAACUUGUUAAACCUCAGUUUUGCCAUUCACACUUAAUUAGCUAAAACUAAGCUUAGUGAAUUACCCUGUAUAUCUCUAACUAGGUGUUUUCAGAUGCAUCAUUGGGUUGGAAGUACUGUAUCUGAAGCACCAACUACUGAGCUAUGUCAUUGAACUAAAUAUCUUGUUUACGGCUUAUAUGUGAAUUAUUGGCAUGUUGCACUAAUGAUAUCUUCAUUCUUAAUGUGCACACAUCUUGACUUCUAACAAGCCGGAAGUGUGCUUGCAUCUUUGCUCCAGAAAUGUGUAAGCAUUACAAUCAUUGAAAGUACUUGUUACUUAUUUUGAGAUGUCAAUUUGACAUGUUUUAUACUUCUCUGUAUUGAAUCACCUUUUUAUCCUGAGAGGGAUACUUUGCUUUAACAAGCAAAUGGCAGUGGAGGUUUUCAAUUAACAUGUUUUUUUCUGUUUCUUGUUUAAUACUUGAUGUAGGAAGAAGAUAAUAAGUAAUACAUUCUGACGCUUUAGCUGAGUCUAAUUAUCUUCAGUUGGAAAUCAGGGGAGGCGGUCACUUGAGGGCUUCUAAGAUAUGGACGAGAGACUAUUUUAUGUAUUAAAGGAAAACGCAACAGUAGAACCAAGAUCUCUGAUAAUCUAAGAACAAUACACAUGGAAAGCCACAGUCCCAGAUUCUGAAAAAAAUAAACUUAAAAGAGUUUAUUCACUAAACACCACAUUUUCACAAAUUAGAAUAGCAAAAUUUAGUCUAAUUAGCUAUUUGGAGUAUUUUUCCUAAUCUGUUAUUUUUGAACUUUUCAGAAUUUAGUGAAUAAACACCAAAGCUUUCAGCAUGUUAUUUGGUUUGAUUUGCCAGAUCUGGAAAAAGAAAAAAAUGUGUGGGCUGUGACAUUUGGCAGUCAACAUUUUAACUUACAAGUAAUCUUUUUGUUGCUGCCUCAAAGAUAAUUUUGACAUUUCUCCAUUAUCUUGCUUGUGUAUGUGUAUUUCCCUCUUCUCUUGGCAGGACUUUGCUUCUAUACAAACAUCAUUUACUUUGGUCUGUUCUGCUCAGUUAGCAAAAGUUCCCAUAUUUGGGCUUUGUGUGAGUCUGGCCAUCAGCACCAGUCCAGUCCAAAGCUCGAUGUAAAUCACACACAUUGCUCUCCAGACAAUGGAGCUGCAGCUGCCAACUUCUGAGCUCCGGUGAUAAAAAAUAAAAUCAUGUGCUGGGCACCUGCCAAGAAGCUAGCCGAGCGACAAUGUGUUAUGAAAGCUAAACCUGUUUCUCAUUGCGCACUGGUUUCCAGCUUUUUUGCAUAUAAGGAACCAAUUUUAAUUUCAAAACAUAUUUUGGUACCAUUCUGGUAGUCUUUUGGUGACUAUUUUUCUUUACUGCUUUCCAGGAUCUCUUACUCUCCAUACAAUCACACUCAUGAUCCAGUCUUACAGUUAGCAGGUCUCUAAUUCUUAUGUUUUUAAAAAUUCUAAUUUAAGAAAAGAGAGAGGUUUUUUUUUUCCCUGGUCUCUUAAUUCAAAGAUUUAGCAGAACAGCUCUGGCAGUCAGUAUCCAGCACAAAUAUGUUAAAAUGCAGUAACACUAACCGACCAUAGAUUUCUGAUACAGAUGUAACAGAGCUCACAACUCACAAAUGAAUUAUUAUGUGGACUUUAGGAUGCCUUCAACAUUUGUUCCUGAUGAUCAUCUGUAGUGGACCCCCAGAACACUGGUCUAUUACACUCAACCUGAUAUCAUUUAUUGCCGGGCUCUCUCUCACAUACGUUAGAAUGCUGUCUUCUGCUUUCUUUCCCAGCUUUCUUCAACACUCAGUCUCUAUGUUCCAUUGCAUUGUUCAUGUUGUACUAUCUCAUCUGUGCUCUCACCCAUCUUUCCAUUUGUACUAUCUUCUAUAUCUUACCCAUUAAGAAGUUAAUAAACAUUUUAUUAUUUGGUAGAUCACUGUGGUAUUGUGUGAACUUCUGCUUUUGUAAUGAUUUCAGGAAGACGAUUAUGUGGUGUGUCUUUUUUUACUGGGUUUGUAGAAAUGACUCUUGAUGGUAAGGAAUUUGUUUUAAACCAACAGACUGUUCAGUAUGCCAUCUGCAGUAUUUUGCUUUUGGUAAUAUUUGGUAUGUUGAUUGGGUAAAGCACGUAUUACUUAAUUAUGUUAAUAAAGAUAAGGUACAGUAGAACAAGGAGUAGUAAAACAUCAGUUUGGGGAAAGAAGUGCAAUGGGGAGAGAAAAAGGAAAAAGAAAAGACGAGCUCUUAGUUUGUUCAAGAUGUUGGUGUAUUCUGAACUACACAAAUCCUUCUUUAUCAAACCAAUUCAAAUACUUAUUGAACAGAUUACAGGGCUACAGAAGCAUGUCUGUAGAUGAAUCUUAAAGGGAUAAUAAUUAGGAUUAUAACAUAUAUUUCUUGAGACAGUGACCCUCUCCAAUUGUGCAUAUGUUUUUGGAAUCCAGGACCUGGUGGUCUGGCGUACAGUAACAGAAGGUCUCUGGAGUCACAGAUUGAGAUUCUUGCACUCUCUUUAGGCUCAACUGUAGAAGUCACUGAGGGGGGUAGGAUAUGUGGUAAAAAAAAAAACAUGUGGCCUUUAGUCCAAGUGUUAAAACGUGCUUAUAGAAGUAAAGGACCUCACAGAAAUCUUUAGGAGUUAGCCUGAUUAUUUCAGGAUCUUUGUGAUCAAUCAUGUGCCAUGUAACAUUCUUCUAGUGACACCACAGGUAACUUUCUUAUGUGGAUCCUGGGAUCUUUUUCUCUACUACCAUGCCUGGAAAAGUCGUAUUAUUAUUUACGAAGAGCCAAAAAAUCAAAAAGGCUAAAGUGGAAAUGGAGGAGGGACAUGAUAUAUGUGUUGUUAUUUGCAAUCAUUUAACUUUACCUCAUUCAUCAUAAUCAAAAAAUAUUGGGGUGACAGAGGGUGCAUUGUGAGUUUUGAGCGUUGUCAAAAUUAUCAAUACCCCUUUAGUUAUAGGGACUUUGUGAUCCUCCGAAUUCUAAACUUUUUUCCCUCCUAUUUAGAUGCCAGGAGAGUUGUUUUUACUUUCAGUAUUUGGGAGAGUGGCUUUCCAUGUGUAUUGUUCUUAGAUGUUUAAAGACCUUGGUUCUACUGCUGCCUUUUCCUUUAAAACAUAAAAUUGUCUCUCAUCCAUAUCUUAGGGGUGUGAAAUGGAACAUUCUUUCAAAAAUGUGAGCUGUGCUUUUCAUAGAAUCAAAGUGACCAAAUAGUGCGUUGGCCGAAUGUGUAAAUUGAAAUAUAUAUAUAUAAAUGUGAAGCUAUGUGAACACAGUGAGUGCACUAUUUGACAGCGUCCUCAUAAUCUGCGCAUUGUUGGUACUUUGACUGGUCAAAUGGUUUGUUUCUAUUCUCUCUUCAGAUUUGGGAAGAUCUCGUGAACUACAAUAUGUCUAUGUGGAUAACAAUAUUCAGCUUAAAGGCCUCCCUUCUUUCCUGUAUAACAAAGUCAUUGGCUGUAGCGGGUAAGCCCAUUCCUCUAUGCAUUUAUGGCUUCUGUGGCAUAGAAUCCACUAAUAACAUUUAACCACAAAAUAAGGAAUGUAUAAAAGGGUUUAAAAUUUCAAGUUUCUUGCUGCUAACAUAAUGUCAUGUUUGUCGUGACUAAAGCAAAGGGCACUUUAAUGCUGAUCGAGAGGCCAGUGCUGACUUCUGUAGAGUUGAAAAGCUUUGAUAGCUUAUAUAAAAACUAUGCUUUAAACAAAACUGUUUAAACUGUUCUGCCUUCAGUUCCUGCAACGUAUUAUUGUGUAAAUUCAUUUUUUUCAACUUUUUCACAGCUGUGGCUCCCCUGUUCCCAUUCAUGAGAUAAAGCUACUUUCCUUUACAUCUGGGCAGCUCAGUGUCCAUCUUCCGGCAGAGGUGAAGGCCAUAGGUUCUGCAGCAGAUUCUGUGUUACCACUACAAGAACUGGCAUUGCGAACCCUUCAUGCUGCUUUCUGCUCAUAUUUAGAAGGUGAGAGCAAGCGAUUGUCACACGUCUUAAAUUGUUCAUUUCAUCUUCACCAACCACUGUACUUCAAAACCAUUCUUCCAUCAAUCUGAUGAGUCACUAACGUGUUGGUAUUGGCAAAGAUGAUCAGACUUCCCUUGGUCAGAGGUUCAGUCAGAAGCUUAAAUGAGCAGGAAGAGUAUGUGGGCAUCUUGCCCACAGCUUUCCUUUUAGGGACAUCACCGAUGCAGCUCAGUGUCUGUGUAUGAUUUUAAUGUAAGUGUGAUCAAAGUAUUGAAAUUAUUCAGUUCUACUUAUUCAUGUAAGGUAAUAUGGAUAUUGUCACCAGGUAUCUAUAGCUUGUGUUUAUGGAUGAAUGGUCAAUAAUUUCCACACAAAAAAAGGUAGAUAAUGCUUACUAUUCUAAGCAAUACCAAAGACGAAUGCAAAAUAUUUAGGAAAGGACAUUUCUACAAAACAAAUAAUUACUUCCCUGAUUAGAAAAUGUGCACUGUUAAAAUCAUAGCAUCUUCCUCAUUUUCCAAGUGGGAAAGGGAAUUGGGAAAAGAGCAAGAUAAUCUUGCUUUUCUUUUGGUUUGUGCGACUGGUGUGAUCUCUGUUGUCAGGCUGUUAGAAUGUAAAGGGACUGUCAGUCCAGUCUCAUAAAGCACUUUCGCUUGCUGAAGUGCUUUAGCUGUUAGCAUGUCCGUUUCAAGAGAAAUUGACACUUUUAUAAAUCCCCUUAGUAAUAUCGUCCAGCUGUCAGACAGCCAGGAGGUAUCCUACCUCACUUGCUUUGAUUUGACUUCAAACUAGAAGUGAGUGCUUCUUCUCAAGAAGCAUUGUUGACGUAAGGCAGUGAUUUGUUGAGGAUGCACUAUAUGUCCCAAUGAUUGGAAAAGCUGAAAUAAAGGUGAGCUGGAAUUGAGGGGGGCUGUAACAUAUAAAUAAUAGGGACACUCCAGUUAAAUAAUAUCUAUGUAAAUUAUGACAUUUAUGUUAUGCCUUUUAUAAGUGUUUUGUAGUAAUGUUAUCAUUUUAAAGCUUAAUCUUGUUUCAAUGUUAUGUUUCACUUUGUAGACAUAAGCUGCAUAUCCCCCAUUUCAUUACCUAGAAGUCUCCUGGAGCUUUUGCAGUGCCCCCUUGGACACUGUCACCGUUGCAGUCAAUCUAUGUUUACUAUCGUCUAUCCAAAGCUCUUCCCCCUUCGAGAGACACCCAUGGCUGGGCUUCAUCAGGGGUAAUUCAGAAGUUAUACCGUAACAACCUGUUUUUAUGCAAACUCUUGGGUACAGCAGGGUUUUCAGUGCAACUUAUGAGGAAGCAUUCGCCUGAGCAGCUCUUAUUGGCUGAGAGUGUCAGUUCUGUCUAUCACAGUGCUCAUUGCUGGCAUAAGUUGGUAUGGCUACAAUUCAGACGUGUGUAAUCUCUCCCUUAGCAAAUAUCUCAUAUGUACCAGGUUAUGGGAAGCCAGGGACCCUCAUUCUGUGUUAAACUGCUAGAAAAUGAUUUAACACUGGAGGGACAGUGCCAGGUGACUCCAGGCACUAUAACCAAUUAAAUGAGAUGAAAUGAAAUGGUUAUAGUGUCUGCUAUGUCCUACACGUGCUGUUUGUAGUUCCUAUCAAGUUAUCUAUAUAAAUAGAUAUCUAUAUUUGUAUAAACGUUCUUGGAAUAGCUAAACUACUUAUUGCUCGUAGCCUGUGUAUACCUCUUUCUCAAGGGUUUAUGGUAUAUGCGUAGUGCAAACAGUGGAAGAACCAGGUUUAUUUUAGAUGUCACCUUUUAUUUCUAGUUUAUUCUUGAUUUUAAUGUUUUAUCUCUACGGUGUGGGUCACAUUAAAGUCUCAUCAUUAAACGUUUUGGCGUAAAAAGGAAUAAAGGAACAUAUACUGUCCAACACCGCAUGUUUACAAACAGUCCCUUCCACUAUUAGAGUAUAGACUACAAGUCAUUUCUUUGCAAUCUGCUCUUGGGAGUCAAGGACCAUUACACUAAAAUCCGGUGACCGUAGCACAGCUCUAACUAGGUAGUCUAUCAUUCUACACUUUGAUCUAGACAUUGUACAAACGGAUCAUUUUGUGGCUGCGUCAGUUAGUUAGAUACAGGGCAGCGUUAAUUUUUUAGUUUUUCUCUUUUUACCCCCGUCUCAUUUUUGUACCUUCUUUUAUAAUGUUUCCUUCCAUUAUGCGUGGAUAGAUAAUCCAGCUGGUUUAGAGUACAAUUGCCAUGAUGAUCACCUCUUAUGGCUGAGCAUUAUUGCCCUAACAGCCCACGGCAGCCAGAAUGGAUAAGCAUCUCCGUUCUCUGUUCUGACCUGGAUGUUUCUGUAGAUGGCCUAGUACGUAAAGCCGAUUUGUAUGUUGUCUCACAUAUGUAAACGUAGCUUGUUUAGAAAUCCAAAACACUUGUAAAAUGUCAUCAUGUUUUACCAUCAUACUGCUCAUCUGCUAAAGUAAAACAACUGCGUUAAAUAAGAGGCAAAAAUACCCAGUGCUGCCUUGUUUAAUGGGACACCAGCAGCACCCCAUUCCAUCAAGAAAUAUACUAUCUGAGAUUUCAAAAAGGAGUAAUCCUUAAUUUUUAAAUAAAGGCCAAGAAAUGUAUAGAAAUAUUGCCAUCUUAUCUGAGGGUUUUCAAGUUGCAGGAACAAAGAGUGUGUCAGUUUUCAGAUGCAGGGAUGCAGGAACACCACAAUGUUAGAAGCAGUGGAGAUGCAUUAUGGAUACAAAUAGGGAUGUUAUAUGCAAUUAGUCUUGCAUAGAUUGCAUCGUCUUCAUUUUUUACCUGCUAGCAUUAUGUAUUUUGUCAUGAUGCAGAAAGAUGUAAACAAUAAAUGUUACUCCUGAUCUGAGAUUAGGGGCAAGUCAGAAAGCAUGAAUGACAAGCUCUGAUGACCAGACAUAGUUAGAAGCCUCUCGCACAGUUCUUAAUUCUAGCUAAAUGAGUAGAGAACCGUUUGCUAAUUGGCAUGUAUGUGUACAUAUGUGAGUGUGUACCGGCACCUAGAUAUUGAUCAGAGAAAAUCCAUAUCAGGGUAUAAAGACAAUAUUUAAAAAAAAUUUAAAAAAAACAAUCACAAGAAAUACUUGCUCCAUGGGGACCACCAUUUUUGUUCAUAAGAACCAUUUACAUUCCAAGACCAUGCACAAAUGGAAUAACUGAAACUGGUCAAAAGCAGAUUUCAUAGAUGCCUGGCACUUUCACAAAAUGCCAGGAUAUAUAAAUGCAAAGUGAAUAUGCAUGGUUUUGUGUUGUAUGGUUUUAUGUUGAAUAUGUAGUGGUUCUGACCAAAGAGAACUUGAAGAUGGCUGCUUCAUGGAGAAAGAUUAAGCUGGGAUAGGAAAUGAAAACUUAUAUUUACUUUAAAAAUUAAACACAAGGGUUCUAGAAGGCAUGUAAUCGUUUUAUUAUUAUUAUUAUUAUUAUUAUUAUGUGUGUAUGUGUGUGUAUAUAUAUAUCUAUCACUGGCAGAUUGAAGCUUGUCACAUGAGUUGAGGGAACAUUGUCAUAAAGCUGAUAUAAUGGCAACAAUACAACAACAAUAAAUCAUAUGUUCAUAAAUGUAAAUAGUACUAGUGCUACUUAAUUACAUUAAAAAUAUGUUAUUCGAACAAGAAGGAAGAAAGUGUUCUAAUAAUAAUUGCAUUACUCAAGGUUAACAUCCAUCACAGUUACAGGACCCAAAUAACAGUCUCUUGGCAGGCUUCUCCAUAUGUCAUACAAUCUUUCCCUUGUGUGUAAGUGGUAUAGAAAGGAUGGGGUAACUUUUUGGGUUGAUAUUGCAAAAGAACACCAAUGGACCAGGAGAUAGAGCAUUCCAUUACAUAAUGCACUUCAAUGAUUUACUUGUUUUCUAAUUAGCUAACAUGGACCCUCUGUUUUUUUUCCCCAGGAGGACAGCGGUUAGUUUUGUCGCCUACUGUUGCUCAACCCAGUGUUUGCAGACAUUUGACCUGCUAAGCUGAUAAAUCUUUCCUUGCCUCUCCCUUGGUUGACCUGCCAGUUUUAAACUACCAGGGGUAAUCAACUUCUAAUUUGCAGCUUCUGUGGACUGUAACUCCUUUGACAUCCAUCCAGCCUUUUAUAGUCUUUGUGAACAUCAUCGUGGGAGUUGAGGACCAUGCAAGCUGGAGUGCCUAUAAUAGCCUGUGUCUGGGAUUGUUCUAUCCAUUCAGAACACCACCCAGCAAACCCAGUAGUGACAUUAACUGAUUUGCCAGUCCCUGAAAAUUACCACGUCACAGUGUAGGACAUCUUCUAAAUUGGUCAUCUUCUUUUCAGUCAGUUUAUGAUUUGCUUUCUUUACAACAUGAAUUGCUGUAAACAUCCCUUAACUUCUUGUGUGAUAAUGUAUUAAUCAAAAAUAUCAGUGAAAACUGGAAAUACUGUUAAAACAUGGGUUUCUAAGCAUGCGCUUGAUUUGUGUAAUAGUUUAAUAUGGUGUGCCAGCCCUGAAAGAGGAUAAUGUUAGACCAUUUUUAUUAUUAUUAUUUUAUAAAUUUCAAAACUAUCAACAAAUCCUGUAGCAUUAUGCAGUAACCAGAUACAUUUUGGAAUAAAAAGUGGGAAGUACAUUUUUGAAACAUCAUUAUUACACCGCUUAUCCAGGUAACCAACUCUGGGCCAAAAUGCAGUGGUACUGCUCCAGCUAGUAUUUUGACUAAACCUCUUGUAUGUUUAUGUUUGUAGCCAAAGAGGCAUGAGGAAUUAUAAUUCUUUAACAUCAACCCUCAUUUGUUAUAACCUCUUCUAUAAAUGGGGUCACUCAAAUAUUCCCAAAUUAAUAGUUUUGCAAUCUCAGCUGGAUUUUCUUCUCAUUUCCUCCUUGGUUUCUUGUUUUCUUCAAAUUUACUGCACAUAUUUGUGAGUAUUUCAAGGCAGAGAUUUAAAAAGUUGAAAUAUAGAGGGUUUCAGAGUUAAAAAAUAGAGCAAAAGGUGAUCCACUUGAAUAUUUUAUGUAGCUCGUGUUGAGACAGUUCGGUAAAGACAAUGCUGUUAUGAAAAAAAGUUGUCAGCAAGACAAAAUUAUCUGGAUAGAAUGGAUCAAAGACGCAGUACGUUCAAUUAAAGGGAUACUAAAG